CAGAGGAAGAAGAUGGUUUUUCUGACAACUACAAUGAUGCAGAGGACUGCUGUCUUUGUGACGUUCGGGGGUUUGGUCACCUCUUUGAUCACCACCUUCCUCCCACUGUGGAAGACAAUGAACUCUGACCUGAACGAAGUGGAGAACUGGUACUCUGGACUGUGGCACACCUGUCUCUACACUGAGGAGGUAGGAGUGCAAUGCAAGGCCUACGAGUCCGUCCUGGGAUUGCCUAUGGACCUGCAGAUCUCCAGGGUGCUCAUGUCAGUGUCUCUAGGAACUGGAGCUUUAGCUUUGCUGGUUGCCUUUCCAGGACUGGACGGGGUUGAGAUGUGUUUGGGCAAACCACAGAUGAGGAGGGCGCUCCUCAUCCUGGCCGGAGUGCUGUCCUGGAUGUCAGGGCUCACCACCCUGGCUCCUGUCUCUAUUGUGGCCUAUACCACUGUAGUGGACUUCUGGGAUGAGGGUUUUCCUGAUGUGAUGCCACGUUGGGAGUACGGAGAGGCAAUGUUCUCUGGAUGGUUUGGAGGUCUGGCGCUAGCCAUCGGAGGGACCCUCUUCUUUGUUGCUGUGUGCAUGGGAGACUUUGACCAGCGGCCACCAAGUGUGCCAAACAGCCCGCAGGUGAAACACAGGGCGCAGCACUACCUGAAGACAGAGGUUUUAUAG